AUGAAUCUAGAUUCCAUCUUUGAGGAACAAGUGUAUCCAACACCAAAGCCUUCAAUCAAGAACUUGCGACGACAUGCCACUGCCACCGAGCUUCCGCUGCUCCAGCAACUGAAUCCGAACGAGGGCGCCCCGGAGUUCAACCCGGUGCAUGAAAACGAAGAAAGCGGGUCCUACGAUCUCAUCGCGCCCUACGAGGGCGGCGAUCUACCACUCCACAAGCUGGAGAGACUGGCCGACAUCAUGUUCUCGUCCGAGCACAUGCUCACUAUCCUGAACAAUCCGCGAUAUCUAACUCGAUUCCGUGAAUUCCUGCUCGAAGAGCGCCCGCGCUCGAUAUCCACCCUCACAUACUAUCUCAAUGCCGCGAAAGCGCUUAAGGCCAUUCAAUAUGCCAAUGCGCUGGUGAGGCUUUCUGUUGACGUCCCUCCCCCGGCGGUGCACACAGACGAGGAAACUGUCGGGGUGACGGCGAAUCGGGUUUUGGAACAACGGGUCAUAGAUGGGUUGCUGGCGCUGACUGCCGAAGAGCUUCCAGCAUUCAUCACCUCAAGGUGUAUCACAAUCACCAGCAAGAUUGUGGAGGAGCGUGUUCGAGGGACCCUCCCCAUGAAGUUCCGGGGUACUUCGAAUGCGCUAGCAGAGGUUUUCUGUCUGACAGAUCCCUCGCGCCCAGAUAACCCAAUCAUUUUCGCAUCGGAGGAAUUCCAUCGGACAACACAGUAUGGAAUGGACUAUGUGCUUGGUCGAAACUGUCGAUUCUUGCAAGGGCCGAAGACAAAUGCGAACAGUGUUCGUCGCAUUCGUGAGGCAAUCCACGCAGGUCGACACCACUCGGAGAUGUUCUUGAACUAUCGCCGGGAUGGCUCUCCGUUCAUGAACCUCCUACAAUGUGCUCCCCUAUGCGACAGCCAUGGCCGUGUCAAAUACUUCAUCGGUGCGCAGAUCGAUGUAUCAGGCCUUGCAAUGGAGGGUGCUUCAAUGGAGUCCUUGAUGGAACUCCAAACCAAAUACCACGACCCCGAGGAUGGAAGCAUCAUGGAGCCUCCACCACCAGAAGAGAAAGACGAGUUCCAAGAACUGAACGAGCUGUUCAGUCCUCGUGAGCUUUCCUCCGUGCAAGAGCACGGUGGACACUUAUUCCAACCUAUCAAGAGCAUGGGAUCGCCCCAGACCCCCCGAUCCUGGCUGCAGCGUGGCACAUCACUCGAGAGCGAGACCGAAGCCAUUCGCCUGCGCGAUAUGAAAUCACCAUUCUUCCGAAUGUCCCUGGCUGGCGUCUAUGAAAAUUACCUCCUUGUUCGACCGUACCCCUCUCUCCGGAUUUUAUUCACUUCGCCCGCGCUCCAGAUUCCAGGCAUGCUGCAAUCACCCUUCCUAUCGCGCAUUGGUAGCUCCUCGGCUGUGAAAGAAGACCUGCUCCAGGCUAUGAUGGUUGGCCGCAGUGUGACUGCUCGGAUCAAGUGGGUCACGCGGACGAAUCCUGAAGGACGCAGUCGCUGGGUUCAUUGCACACCUCUCAUGGCGAGUAAUGGUCAGGUUGGGGUGUGGAUGGUGGUGGUGGUGGACGAUGACGACGAGAAACCAAUAAACUGGCGCGCCUAG